AUGGCAGCUCCCGCAAGCUUCCGCGGUGCCCCGCAACUGCAGCUCCAGGAGCUCCAGGAGUCGCUCCAUGAGACGAUGCAAGCGAUUCUGCAAGGCGAUGGGGGAAACCGAACCAAACAGGCACCUGGAAAACCUGGGUCGGCCCUGAACAAGCAGCUGGACAGCAUUGAGGCGAGCAUUUGGCAGACCUUUCAAUCCUUGCCGAAGAAGGCGGGCAACGGAGGGAGCCACCGAACUCUUCAUCCACCACUUCCAUUUCUGGAUGAGUUUCAUCAGGAUGUCUCGGCGGGACACAUCAACUCCAGGUCCGUGAGAUAUUUGGUGCACAACUAUUUCGCCAAGGAGCAUGGAUGGCUCAUCAAGGGCCUCGAGCCGCAUGGUCACCAGGACAAUGUGAGCGAAGUGCAUGAGAUGACCAUCCUGCAGGACAAGGCACCCUGGCUGGUGGAAUCCUUGUUGGACCGGAAGGACCGAGGUUUAUCGCUCAGCGACACGGUGGCCAUGAUUGCUACCUUGGAGCGCCUGAUCUUCGAUGAGGCGCACGUGCUUUUGCAGGCCUCAUACAGCCUCAACUCCUUGAAGAUCGAAGAUGAGAUUGAUGAGCAGAGCUUACACGAAGUUCUGAUGUCCUACUUGGUGCUCUUUGAGAUUGGAGAGAGGGCAGUGCUUGACAACCGGGCGCUGCAUCGUGCACUGAAGGCUAAAGCCGCUCGUUCGGACGGCAACUGGCCUUUGCUGGUGGAGUUUGAACAGGAUGCGGUUCACAACUUCAACUUUGCCCUGAGGCACGUGAGAAACCCUUUUCGAGACUCUCACUUGUACUCAUUCCAGGAUGCACAAGCCAUCAUUGAGGACCUCACCCGUGGCUAUGGGAAAUGGCAAAACACGGAGUGUCAACAGAUGAAGCGAGAGCUCAUGGAUUUGGACCCUCAUGGCAUGGGCCGGGCUCCCUUAGGCAGGUUCUAUUCGCAGCCAGAGAAUGCAGAAUAUCAUUUCACCGAGACACAAGACUAUUUGAAGAAAGUGGGAGCCUUGGAAGAAACCAUGGGAGAUACCUAUGUUCGCAUUGCAAACUACAUGACUGGGCCUUCCAAUUGUAUUGCUUCCUCAUCAUACUACUCCGUUUGUUGCUUGAACGAGUGUGAAGUGCUUAUGAAUGAGUUGGAGAGCAAGAUUCUGGCACCAUCCGCGUCUCCCGAACGCAUUUUGCCUUUGGCCAGCAACUUGUCUUCGGCCACCGUGGAUGCACCCAGGCGGCUGCCAGCAGUGAUGCACGAGAAGCUACAUGCAAUUGCGGAGCGACAUGGUGGAGAAGUGGCCUUGCAUGGCCGUCUCUUUGCCCAAUGGAUGCACUAUGCCUUCCCCAAUGAGUGCCCUUUCCCGCACAUCAUCGAGGACGUGGCUGUGCUGGCCCCAGGCCAUUGGAUCGACCGGAAGAUUGCGGUCUCCAAGGCGGAGCGGGAGGAGCUGGCGGUGCUGGCAUCCCAAGAGGUGGUGGAAGGGCCAGCAGAAACCUUGGCAUGGUCAGAAGAGGAGGUGCUGGCAACUGCUCCUUCGUCUCCUGGCUCAUCCGGCUCAUCGGGCUCCAAUAGUCUCCGCUUCAUCAUGCAAGUGGCCUUGCUGUUGGGUUUGGGUCGAACAGUGCUUGGUAGCUGGCGACUCACCGACAUCUCCCCAGGCAAGCUUGGAAAGACUGACCUGCCUUUCUGA